UACACGAAACUGCCCCACAUCCCUUGUUAACCCCCCACAACAGAUUUUUGAAAUUUUCUGUCCAGAAAUCUAAAACCCAGAAAAUUAAUUAAAUAAAUUCUCCAAUAUCCGAAAAUAAAAUCUCAUUUCGUUCUGAAUUUUGCUUUUUUUAAUAUAAAAAUCCUUUUUUAAAAGCUCUUUUAUCCAUCUUUAUGGGAUAUAUUCUCUGGAAAUAAGGUUUACGUGCUGGAGCUGCAGCUUGAAAUUUUCUUUCAAAAAGUGUUUUUUUUUUGUUCUUUUUCUUUUUUAAAGUUUCUAAUUGAAUUGAAAAAAGUCUAAAUUUUACUAAUUUUUUUGUUGGGUUCUGUUUGUAUCUUAUUUCAAAAGCCAUUGGAAGUAUAUAAUCUUGUCCCCUAAUUAGAUCUCUGCAUUUUAUCAGUACUGUUCUUCUGGGGUAAUUGAACUCAGAAAUGCCUCUAAUUCGGCGCAAAAAAGCCACUGAGCCCAGCGAAAGCUCAGCAUCGGAUGUAAAAACACCAAGCGAGGAGGAAGAUGAUGACAAUAAAAAGAAACAGCAGAAGAAACCCACCAGUGGAAAAGCGCAGAAAAAGCCCGGAAUCAGACCGAAAUGGUCUUGUGUAGAUAAUUGCUGCUGGUUCGUGGGCUGCAUAUGCAUGGCUUGGUGGAUUCUACUGUUUCUCUACAACGCAAUGCCUUCAUAUUUGCCCCAGUAUGUCACCGAGGCUAUCACGGGUCCCUUGCCGGAUCCGCCGGGUGUGAAGUUGAGGAAGGAGGGAUUGAAGGCCAAGCAUCCAGUGGUUUUUGUCCCUGGGAUUGUCACGGCGGGGCUUGAGUUGUGGGAAGGGCACCAGUGUGCUGAAGGUUUGUUUCGGAAGCGGCUUUGGGGUGGAACUUUCGGAGAAGUAUACAAGAGACCUCUAUGUUGGGUAGAGCACAUGUCACUAAACAAUGAAACUGGAUUGGAUCCUCCUGGUAUAAGGGUUAGGCCUGUAUCUGGACUUGUGGCUGCUGAUUACUUUGCUCCAGGCUACUUUGUGUGGGCAGUUAUGAUUGCUAACCUGGCACGCAUUGGAUAUGAGGAGAAAACAAUGUAUAUGGCCUCAUAUGAUUGGAGACUUUCAUUUCAGAACACUGAGGUCCGUGAUCAAACAUUAAGCCGCAUGAAGACUAAUAUAGAACUGAUGGUUGCUACCAAUGGUGGGAAUAAGGCCGUUAUUAUUCCACAUUCGAUGGGUGUUUUGUACUUUCUGCAUUUCAUGAAGUGGGUUGAGGCACCAGCUCCAAUGGGAGGAGGGGGAGGACCAGAUUGGUGUGCAAAGCAUAUCAAGGCAGUGAUGAAUAUUGGUGGUCCAUUUUUAGGUGUUCCAAAAGCAGUUGCAGGGCUUUUCUCUGCUGAAGCAAGGGAUAUUGCAGUUGCCAGGGCCAUUGCACCGGGUUUCUUGGAAAAUGAUAUAUUUUCCCUUCAGACAUUGCAACAUGUAAUGAAGAUGUCUCGCACAUGGGAUUCAACCAUGUCAAUGAUACCAAAAGGUGGGGACACUAUUUGGGGUGAUCUUGAUUGGUCUCCUGAAGAAGGUUAUAUUCCUAGCAAGGGAAGGCAAAGAAACAAUGACAUCAAGAAUGGUAACCAAGAUGGGAUUGAAAAUGAUGUUUCUCAAAGAAAGAGUGUUAAAUAUGGAAGAAUUAUAUCAUUUGGGAAAGACGUAGCAGAGGCACAUUCAUCUGAUAUUGGGAGGAUUGAGUUUAGGGAUGCUGUUAAAGGUUGUAGUGUUGCAAACAAUACUUGUCGUGAUGUGUGGACAGAGUACCAUGAAAUGGGAUAUGGAGGUAUUAAAGCUGUAGCGGAAUAUAAGGUUUAUACUGCUGGAUCUAUUCUAGAUCUGCUUAAUUUUGUUGCCCCAAAAAUGAUGGAGCGUGGUAGUGCACAUUUCUCUUAUGGAAUUGCCGACAAUUUGGAUGAUCCAAAGUACGAACACUACAAAUAUUGGUCAAACCCCCUGGAGACAAAGUUACCCAAUGCACCAGAAAUGGAAAUCUUUUCCAUGUACGGAGUUGGCAUACCAACUGAAAGAGCUUAUGUUUAUAAGUUAUCUCCUGCUGCUGAAUGCUAUAUUCCAUUUCAGAUCGACACAUCAGCUGAUGGGGAAGAUGAAGACAGCUGUUUGAGAGAUGGAGUCUACACUGUUGAUGGGGAUGAGACUGUUCCUGUUUUAAGUGCAGGCUUCAUGUGUGCUAAAGCUUGGCGAGGGAAAACCAGAUUCAAUCCUUCAGGAAGUCGAACAUACAUUAGGGAGUAUUAUCAUUCUCCUCCAUCAAACUUGCUGGAGGGCCGGGGCACCCAAAGUGGUGCUCAUGUUGACAUAAUGGGAAAUUUUGCUCUAAUCGAGGACUUAAUGAGGGUGGCAGCUGGGGCUACAGGAGAAGAAUUGGGAGGCGAUCAAGUUUAUUCGGAUAUCUUUAAGUGGUCUGACAAGAUCAACUUACCAUUGUAAUUGCAAGGUGGUGCCAAAAUUUUUAAACCAGAAUGUGAGAGCUGAGGAUGCAACAAGUAAUUCCAUCAAAACAGCCUUAUUUUUCGCUUGUGCCUGUCCUGAACAUUAUAAUUCUUAAGCAAGGCACCUAAGUUUGUCUGGUCUGUCAUCUGAAAGUGAUUUAGAAGAAAGCUGCAAAUCUGGCUGCUGCAUGGCAGGUUCGCUUUCGAUGUGAAGUUGAACUGCAUCUGUUGUUAUUUAUUUUAGAUUAAUCAUGAUAUACAUCUUCUGUAUUUUGUAAUUCCUGCACCUGGAACUUCUAUUCUUCUACAAAUGAAAAUUAUAUACAUGUCCUUGGAGAUAGAAAGUUGGAACUGUACAUUAUAUCAAACUGAUUUGCUCUUGC